AUGCUGACCAGCCUUGCCGAUGGGAUCCUCUGCUGCCUGCUGGGCAAGGCCACCAAUGCGAAGCAGAUCACCAGCUGCAAGGGGACGCAGCGUGACGUGGUGCUCUUCUUCAUCCACGGCGUGGGCGGCUCCCUGGACAUCUGGAAGGAACAGCUGGACUUCUUCGCCAAGCUGGGCUACGAGGUGGUGGCCCCGGACCUGGCGGGACACGGCUCCAGCUCCGCCCCGCAGAUUGCGGCCGCCUACACCUUCUACGCCCUGGCCGAGGACAUGCGGGCCGUCUUCAAGCGCUACGCCAAGAAGCGGAACAUCCUGAUAGGCCACUCGUACGGGGUUUCCUUCUGCACCUUCCUGGCCCACGAGUACCCGGAGCUGGUGCACAAGGUGAUCAUGAUCAACGGGGGCGGCCCCACGGCGCUGGAGCCCAGCCUGUGCUCCAUCUUCAACAUGCCCACCUGCGUCCUUCGCUGCCUGUCCCCCUGCCUGGCCUGGAGCUUCCUCAAGUGAGUCGCCGACAGGGCAGGGCUGGCACGCCAGGGUGCCAAAGAGAAGCAGCUGCUGAAGCAAGGCAACGCCUUCAACGUCUCCUCCUUCGUCCUGCGGGCCAUGAUGAGCGGGCAGUACUGGCCGGAGGGCGACGAGGUGUACCACGCCGAGCUCACCGUGCCGGUGCUGCUGGUGCACGGCAUGCACGACAAGUUUGUACCGGUGGAGGAGGACCAGCGGACCCUCUGGGCAUCUGCCCGUCUGCUGCCCUCGCUCCAGCCGAGGCUCCUUAGAGCACAUCACCCAGCUGGAAGGAGCCUAUCUCCCGAUUCCACCUGCAGGGACCUGCCUUGA